AUGGGGAGUGGGUUCAUAGUGGAGCUCCAAAGAAACUCAACCGACUGGGCCAACGUUGUAGCAGAGAUUGUGAAGAUAGAGAAAAAGAUCUUCCCAAAACAUGAAUCACUUGCUAGAUCCUUUGACGAAGAACUUAAACAGAAGAAUUCAGGGUUACUUUAUAUUGAAGUAAAUGGUGAAGUUGUUGGCUAUGUCAUGUGUUCCUGCCCCUCUUCUUUGUGUGCUUCUAUCACAAAACUGGCAGUGAAGGAGAACUAUAGAAAGCAAGGCCAUGGGGAGGCAUUGCUUAAAGCAGCAAUUGAGAAAUGCAGAAAGAGAAAGGUUCAACGUAUAUCACUACAUGUUGAUCCCUUGAGGACUGCAGCUAUGACUCUAUACAAGAAACAUGGUUUUCAAGUUGAUAGUUUGAUAGAAGGUUAUUACUCUUCAGACAGAAAUGCUUAUAGAAUGUACUUGGAUUUUGAAUCUGAUUAG